GUCGAUCUUUAACCCUAGACAUUGCACGUGGCUCAGGCUAUCUGGCAGUGCACAGUGACUGAACGGCAACCUGUGUCCCUCUGCAAGACAUUAUCUAUGAAAGAAGCAUUGGUUACUCUGAAGGACCACAGAAAUAAUCAGUGACAGCAAGAGACAUGCCACAGAUCACCUGAAUGCAUCUAGCGGACCACUAGUGCCACAAGAGCCACAGCUUGGAAUCCCCCGUCCUAGGAAAAGCAGGGAAACCCCAUCCCUGAAGGAAGCAGCUGCCCUCUCGACCUUCCCCGCCUCUGCAGCUGGUCCCGCCCGCUCUUAUCUGUCCGGUUGCCCUUUCCUCUGUCAUCACACAGGAGGAGCUGCGUGCAUCUCUGCCACCCCCUUUUCCUCUGCGGAAGAAACUUCUCUCUCUCUCUCGGCUUCGCACCCCACCUCCAGGGGGCCUCCAGGAUUAAGAAAGGCCCUAGGAAGCGCCCCUGCCCUGCCCGGGAAGGACGGGCGAGAGCAGCAAGCUGGAGCGCAGGAGGCCGAGAGCCCGAGAAAGGCUGAGGCAGCGGACCGGAGCGCCUCGUCCGUUCCCGCCUGCUGUCUGCCAGGAGGGCAAGGCGCGUGCGCGCCGUCGGCUAAUCGUCAACCCUUGGCAAUCCCUCCGACCGCUCCUCUCUGCGCUUCCAUCGAUCGCCGAGGUUGCCUGAGGGGCGGGCGGGUCAGCAAAGAGCCGCUGCGUCGUCGACGAUGUCUCCCCUCGUGGCUCGGACGUUCCUGGCCGCUGCGUUGGCUCUGGGACUGGCUGCCCUCGCCCCGAUCAGCGCAGAAGGAGAGACUCCCGCAGCCUCGCCGGCGAGCCCGCGUUUCGCGCGGGAUGUCUUGUCCGUCUUCGGAGGGAACGGGAGCCUCUCGACGGAGCAGCUCAGCCAAAUGCUGCAGAAGUUGGGAGCCGCGCACCGGCUGGAGGAAUCGCUGCCAGGAUGGCCGGAGCUGCAGGUCCUGCGCUACAACCAGUGCAUGUCUGCUGAAGACAUCUUUUCCCUGCAUGGAAUGUCAAACAGCAGCAAGAUCACCGAGUCCAGCUUCUCCACAAUAUGCCCUGUUGUUUUACAACAGCUGAUUUUUCACCCUUGUGAAAAAUCCAAAGGCAGUUCCAAGCCGUCACCCACAGAAGUUUGGGGCUUCGGUUUCCUUGCUGUGACUAUUAUCAACUUUGCUUCACUCCUUGGAUUGGUUUUAACUCCUUUUUUCAAGAAAGAUUAUUUCCCCAAGAUUUUAACCUACUUUGUGGGUUUGGCCAUUGGAACCCUCUUUUCCAAUGCAAUUUUCCAGCUUAUUCCAGAGGCAUUUGGAUUUGACCCCAAAACAGAUAACUAUGUUGAAAAAGCAGUAGCUGUGUUUGGAGGAUUCUACAUCCUCUUCUUUGUGGAAAGAGUGCUGAAAAUGAUACUGAAGGCCUAUAGCCAGAUGGGCCAGAAACACUUUGAACCUGAAGAACUGAAACCUCCCCAAAAUCUUCCUCUUCCUGCUGAAUCAUUCAAGCCCAUCAAUGGAACAAUGUGUUAUGCAAAUCCAGCCAUAGCUGAGGCUAAUGGAACUCUGAGUUUCGAUAAUGUCAGUGUGAUCUCUGGCCAGAAGGAAGAAACCCAAAGCAGCUCCUGUAAAUGUUUCAAGGGACCUUCGAUGUCACAGAUUGGUACAAUUGCCUGGAUGAUCACGCUGAGUGAUGCUGUGCAUAACUUCAUUGAUGGGCUAGCCAUCGGUGCUUCCUUCACGCUUUCCCUGCUUCAGGGAAUUAGCACAUCUAUAGCAAUCUUGUGUGAAGAGUUUCCUCAUGAACUGGGGGAUUUUGUCAUCCUUCUUAAUGCAGGAAUGAGCACACGACAGGCCUUGUUUUUCAAUUUUCUAUCUGCAUGCUCCUGCUACAUUGGACUUGCAUUUGGUAUAGUAGUGGGCAACAACUUUGCUCCAAACAUUAUUUUUGCAGUCGCUGGAGGCAUGUUCCUAUACAUUUCCCUGGCAGAUAUGUUCCCAGAGAUGAAUGAUAUGUUGCGAGAGAAAGUAACCGGAAGGAAAACUGAUCUAGUCUUUUUCCUGAUCCAAAAUGCCGGUUUGCUCACAGGGUUUGCUGCAAUUCUACUGAUCACUGUGUAUGCAGGAGACAUUGAACUGGAAUAAUGCUGUUCUGGAGAUGUGAUAAUGAAGCCACUUGAUAAAUUAAAAAAUGGAAGAACUCUUGAACUCCAUAAAGGGACUUGGAAGUAAUAAAGGAUUUGAUUUGACAUCCUAUGUUCUUCAGCCGUUUGAAACAAUUAUCUUUGUUUUUAAGGACCCCCAAAUCAUUUCUCAGACAGUUUCCAUCAACCUCUGUGUGUGAUGAUAAUCACUUGUGCAGCAUUAAAGACUUAAAGAUAUGGGAUUGCCAAUACCUGUGGGGAUUUCCUCUGCCUGUAAAAAUUACACUAAUAUCAAUGGAGGCAGCACAUCCAUUCCUAAGCAUCACACAGAUUACAAUCUUUGUAUUUUUAAUUGAGAAGUUACCCAUGAUGUCUAUACCAUUUGCAUACAGAAAGUAUUGCAUACAUCUUAAGAGGCUUUAAGCAGCAGGCACGUAUAACACGAUCCAGGCUAAAAUAAAUAUGAUUUAGUUUACAAGGUCAUAUUUACAGACGAUCCAUAGCUUUAUUUAGAACUGUGAACCAAACAGUUUCAAAAUAGAUUUAGAGUUUAAUUUUUUUUAUAAAAUUAAAGUUGCUUUGGUACGUUUGCAUAAAUAAUGGAAAGAUUCCAAUUACUAAUUGACACUGGAUUAAUUAUGCCACUUAGUGCUUUUGAGUUCUCUCUUUCAAAGGGUCUGUGGGAUUUAUUAUGGGAAGUACAUUUUUUAAUAAGUAAUGUUAAAAUUUCAAGAUUAUAUGUGUUGUGCUUUAAAGUCUCUGGCCUUAUUUAAAAAAGUAUAAAAAUUAAUCAUUUUAACAUGACAAUAGCCAUUCAAAGUUUCUGCUUUGAUUUUGGUUGCCAGCUUAGUGUGCAAAUUGACCAAACAAUACUGAUGAAGCAAUGUUUGGUAAACUGUAUGCCCAGAAUAGAGGUUUAUUCUGACUGUGGAUCCUCCGUGUACACAUAGGUCCUUCUUUCAUAGGAAUAAUCGAUUAACUUCAAUGGGGAAUGCCAUUCCAAACCUACCAGUGGAAUGGAGGAGACUGCAGACGUAAAAGGAGAAUGGCCAUAGCUCAGUGGUAGAGCAUCUGCCUUGCAUGUGGAAGGUCCCCAGUUCAAUCCCCAGCAUCUCCAGGUAGGGCUGGGAGAGACUCCUGCCUGAAACACCGGAGAGCCACGGCCAGUCAGUGUAGACAACACUGAGCAAGAUGGGCCAGUGGUCUGACUCAGUAUAAGGCAGCUUCCUAUGGUCCUAAAAGAUUCAUGUAAGUAUUAGAUAUGCAUGCUAGAGUACUAUUGCACUCGUGUCCCACUUGCAGGCUUCUCAGAAGCAUCUGGUUGGCCACUGUGAGAUCAGAAUGCCGGGAUAGGUAGGCCCUUAGUCUGAUCCAGCAGGGCUCCUAUGGCCUUGCAUGAAUUAAGGAUGCCAAAUCAAGGUUCAGCCUUGUCUAUAUGGUCAUACAUAACUGUUUGGGCACAAUAUUGUUGUGAGUUUGGGGGUUGGAAUGGAUGAUCCCUGUGAGUCCCCUUCCAGCCUCUGAUUUGGAAUCCUGUGCCUUGGGGGAGGGGCUGGCUCUGCUGGAGUCUUUUGUUAAGCUAAUAGUGUGGCCAGGUUGUUAAUGGGCCUAUUAGGUGCCCAGCAACUGGUGAAUAAGCCAGGAAGACCCUUUUGUCAUUGAAACUUCAGGAGAGCCUCCCCCCCUCCUGGCAGCUAGCAGAGGUUUGUACCUGGAGUGUUUUUAGAAUGUCUAGAGAACGGCUGGGAACUGGAGGCAGGCAGAGAGGCUGUCUGUCUGCACGAUGGCUUUAGGAUGCCUCCUGUAAUACUGAUGGAAAAGCUGGAUACUGGACUGCUGAUGCCUUGAACCCCUCCAUCCUAAGCUCAGGUUGGAAUGUGUGUAAAUAAAUAAACCAUAUUUCAUAAAGACACCACAGUCUCCGCUGACCUUCUUCCCAAAGGAAACCAAACCCUGGAUGAGCGCAGGGACCCCUGAAAUCUCACCGCUCAGAGAUUGGGGAGGCACGCAACAAUAUUAUAGAUCAUGGGAGGGUGUCCUAUGCAUCACAAGAUUUUUUGGGUCUCCCUAUGGCCACCAACUUGAACAGCUUUAAAAGAGAAUUGGACAAAUUCACGAGGGAUAAGGCUAUCUGUGGCUACAAGCCACAAUGGCUAUGUUCUCCCUUCACUGUUGGUGGCAGUAUGCCUUUGAAUACCAGUUGCUGUGAAUCACAACAGCAGGCAGCACACUUACACACUGGUGCUCCUUGUGGGUUCCCCUUAGGCAUCGGGUUGGUCACUGUGAGGACAUGAUGCUGAACUAGGUGGACCACUGGCCUUAAGCGGCAGGGCUCUUCUAUGGAGCUGCAAGCUUCUAAGCCCUCAGUACCUCCCCGCCCUGGAACAUGGCCCAAUGAGAGAGGAAAGCCUCUGGGGAAAUGCAUCCAAAAUAGGGGAAUGAACCAUGAUACUCCACCGACACCACCUUCCACCUCCUGACAUUAGCCAGGCAGGUCUUUAGCAGUUGACUGCCUUGGAUUCUGCCUCCCCUGAGCCAGAAGGAGUGCUCUGCCUGGUAGACUCUUCCCAUUGGUCCAUGCAGGCCAGUAUUCCCUGCUCUGAGUCACAAUGGCCCCAUUUGCACGAUACAUUCAAAGUGCUU